AUGUUAGUACAAGCGUCGCAUACCGAUAAAAAAAUCAACAUGCUCAAAUUCGCAGUCCUUUCUCUCCUCUUCGCCGCCGUCUCGGCCGGAUACUUGGGAGCCGCUCCCGUGGCUUACAGCGCCGCCCCCGCAGUGUACGGCGCUAGCUACGGCUACGCUCACGCCGCCCCCGUCGCCUACGCUUCCCACGCCGUCGCCGCCCCCGUCGCCUACGCGUCCCACGCCGUCGCCGCCCCCGUCGCCGUCGCUCACGCCGCUCCCGUCGCCGUCGCUCACGCUCCCGUCGCCACCUCGUACGCUAACACCUACAGGACUGUCAACAAGCCCGUAGUCGCCGCUUACGCCGCCCCCGCCGUCGCCACCUACGCCGCCCCCGCCGUCACCACCUACGCCGCUCACGCCGCUCCCGUCGCCGCCGUCGGAGUCGCUCACGCCGCUCCUCUCGCCUACGGACACGGUCUCGGAUACUCCGGUCUCUCCUACGGAAGCGGAUACGGUUACUCUUCCCUCUACCACGCCGUCCUCCCUCUCUUCUUCGCCGCCGUCUCGGCUGGUUAUUUGGGCGCUGCCCCCGUCGCUUACAGUGCCGGAUACGGUGCCGGUUACGGUUACGGUGCCGGUUACGGUUACGGAGCCGGAUACGGCCUCGCCGCCCACGCCGCUCCCCUCGCCACUGUUGGAGUCGCUCACGCCGCCCCCUUGGCUGUAGCUCACGCCCCAGUCGCCACCUCCUACUCUAACACUUACAGGACGGUCAACAAGGUUGUCGCUCCCGUCGCCGUCGCUCACGCCGCCCCUGUCGUCGCCGCUCCCGUUGCCGCCGUCGGAGUCGCCCACGCCGCCCCCGUCUCCUACGGACUCGGAUACGGACGUACUCUCGGAUACGGAUACGGACACGGACUCGGAUACGGUCACGGUCUCGGUCUCGGAUACGGAUACGGCCAUGGCCUCGGCUACAGCGGUCUCUACCACCACUAAAUUUCAACCCUUCAGAAAUUUAAAUCAACCGCAUAAAAAAAGACUGUAUUUAUUACUGCAAUAAAUAUUUUGCAAAAAA